CUGGAGCAGUUCAAGAAGUCGCCCUCCGCUGCCACCAGCGUGCUCACCCUGCUCACCGCCGACGGCCAGCCGCCGCACCUCAAGCAGGCCGCCGCGGUCUUCUUCAAGAACAUGUGCAAGCGGCACUGGGAUGCGGAGGCCUCGGAGGUGACAAUCGGCGAAGACGUCAAGCAGCAGGUGCGCGACAACCUGCUCUCGCUCUUCCUCGUGGUACCCGAGUCGAUCCAGGCGCAGCUCUCCGAGGCCAUCUCGAUCAUCGCCUCGCACGACUUCCCCGAGCGCUGGCAGGCGCUGCUCCCCGCACUCGUGCAGCAG